ACAGCCUUUGGUUAAAAAAAAGCUACUUCUGACAGCUUCCCGUGAAGCCACUCAUAAAAUAAAUAUAUAUAUAAAGAAAAUCUCUGACAUGAAAAGCAUCAUAAAGAAAGAGCUACUGAAUAAGCCAUAUAUUUCUUCUCUUUGCCACUUCUUACAAUACUAGUGAUUUAACCAAAUCCAACGGCUCUGAUCAACUGGGUGUCCUUUGCCUUCUUUUUAAGUUCAUCCAAUCCAAGAUAGUAUUGUAUUCGUACCAAAAGAAGAGUGGAAUAACAAAAUGGGGGCGUGCAAUUUUUUUGGUAAUCUGAUUCUGGUGAUUACAGUCACAGGACUGUUACUCGGAGGAGAAUCAAAGACAGAUUGGGGAGAUAUAACAGUACUCAAGGAGCUGAAGAACGGGUUAGAUCCUAACUCAGUGAGUCCCGGGUCAUGUGUUAGCUCGUGGGACUUCACCGUCGACCCCUGCGACAACCUUUUCAGCGAGCGAUUCACGUGUGGUUUCAGGUGCGAUUUCACGGACGAUUCCGGGACGAGUCGAGUCACCGAACUCAGCCUCGAUCAAGCGGGUUACUCGGGCUCGCUCACUUCCAUCUCAUGGAACCUCCCUUACCUCCAAAUCCUUGACCUCUCCAACAACUUCUUUUCCGGGUCAAUACCAAACUCGCUGUCCAACUUGACUCGCCUCCAACAACUCGGUCUCUCCACGAACUCGUUCUCCGGCGAGAUACCAACCUCCAUUGGUGGGUCGCUGCCCAAUCUUGAGGAACUGUCACUCGACAACAACCAGCUUCAGGGAAAAAUCCCGGCGAGUUUUAACGGCCUGGUGAGCUUAAAACGACUCGAAAUUCAGUCCAACAAUCUCUCCGGCGAGUUUCCCGAUUUGGGGUCUCUUAAAAAUCUCUACUUUUUAGACGCAAGCAACAAUGCCAUCCCCGGUCGAGUUCCGGCCAAUCUACCAUCGUCUCUGGUAGAAAUCUCUUUGAGGAACAACAGCUUAGAGGGAACGAUUCCUCAAGAUAUCAAAAAGUUGGGUUUUUUACAGGUAAUGGAUCUGAGUCACAACCGACUCAGUGGCUCGGUUCCCUCCAUUCUCUUCAACCACCCAUCACUGCAGCAGUUAACUCUUUCGUUCAACCAAUUCUCGUCCGUACAGUCCCCUAACACUCACGGCGCCACCAUAUUAAGCGAGCUCAUAGCUCUGGACCUAAACGACAACCAGCUUCAGGGCUUUUUACCGUCGUUCAUGGCAUUAAUGCCGAAGCUCUCAGCUCUCUCAUUGGAGAACAACAAAUUCAGCGGAAUGAUUCCAACCCAGUACGCCAUUAAAACGGCUCUACCUGAAACUGGAGUCUCACCAUUCGAGAGACUCUUACUGGGCGGGAAUUACUUGUUUGGGCCUAUACCCGGCCCAUUAAUGCAGCUCAAACCGGGCUCUGCAAACGUCGAGCUCACCGGAAACUGCUUGUUGCGGUGCCCCGACUUGUUCUUCUUUUGCCAAGGUGAUGAUCAAAAAUCGUUGAUGGAAUGCAAAGCUUUCAGCCCAACAAUUCCAUGAAGCCUUGAAAUUCAAAAAAAAAAAAUAGCAUUAUUAUAUUCUUGAUGUCAUUAAUCAAAAAAAGAAAUCCGAUUUCUAUUGAUUGUUAGGAUUAAAAAUAUUGUUUUUUGUAUAAAAAUGUCUUUUUCUUUUUGUUUCUUCUUCUUAUUGUUAAUAUUGAAUUUUGUUCUUAUUAGUUGAACAAAAAAAAUCUUUUUGUUAAAUACGAAGUAAUAAUGAGAUUGUUCUUGUCUGGCGUUACUUGACAGAAGUGAAUAAUGAUCGAACUUACUUUAUC